AUGCCACGAGAGUCAAUGACAGUUCCUAUCAUCAGUCCAGCACUGGUCCUAAAACCUCCCGUUCGAUCCUGGGACCUUAUGGCAGACAUGUCCAAAAUCGUCUGGUUUCUCCACCCUGGCUAUCCCGACGGCGACAACACACUCUUGACUCUUCCCUGUCUAGACUCUGGAGGCAUUCAUCAUGAAACUGCACGCAUAGCAUGCGCCAUCUACGCCAAUUGUCGCUGGGAUGGCUAUCUCUCAUCUAGUAAAGACGGUCCAGCCCUCUCUGCUCAGCCUGACGAUGUUCUCCCUUUUGGUCAAUACUACUUUAUCAUCAAAGACGAGCCGCAAUAUCCCGUUGUUCCAUCAUUUGAGCACUUUGUUUGUCCAUCAGAUCUACCUGAUGCAUAUAGCCAAGCGUCCAUCGCUCGCAGUAAAGGCGAUGGUUGUGCCACGCGUGAUGAAACGUGUCGAAUCACGGCAUCGUCUUUCACGUAUGAGACAGCACAUAUCAUUCCCGACUCUCAAAAAGGCUGGUGGAAGAGGAAUAGGAUGUCGCGGUACACAAGCGCGCCUGAUAAGAUUCACAUCACUCGGUGUCCUGAAAACACCAUCCUGAUGCGUCGUGAUCUCCACAAGUUAUGGGAUGAUGGAGAAAUCUGCAUUGUGCCAAAGCGAAACAAGUGGGUAGUUCACGUACUCACGAAUACACCAAAAAUCGAACUCCGAGAAAAAUACCACAAUCUUGAGUUGCAGCCUUUAUCCGGGAUACAAAAGAUAUACCUCCUCUGCCGUUUUGCAAUGGCCAUGUUUUCCAAGAGUCAUUUUCUCAGUGGAGGAAGCAAAAGAAAGUUAAUAUACCUGGAGGAUCUGGAAUCCGGUUCAAAUAUACAUAUGGCAAAAGAAUUCACUAGCAAAGCCAUCGAUGAGAAGUUUGACAAAACCCCUGCGCGAUCGGGGAGUAGGAAUCCCAGUCCAAAGAGGCCCAGAGAUAAUAUUGUAGAUGAAGAGGUCUGUUGGGAAGAAUCGGAUUAUUCCCAAGAGUACCACUCGGAACAGGACGAAGAGGAGGAAAGGAGGGGGCGUUCAUUAAAAAGACGCUGGUCACCGGAUACUUGGGACGAAAUCUCACCGCCGAAAUAUCACAAGACAACAAAUCCCGCAGAGGAGUAUGGAGAAUGUGUCUCCUAG